AUGUCUACCACUAGGUUACACCACCAUCCAUCUCUUCCCGCCCCCGUCGUCCACGCUGGCUUCUCCGCCCACCAGUCCAAGUCUCAUGUUCUCGCCGGGGUGCAGGACGCGUAUUGGAGCGACGAUGACGCCGAUGAUGCAGAUUGUCCGCUUUGUCUCGAAGAGAUGGAUAUUUCAGACCUUAAUUUUAAGCCGUGUGUCUGCGGGUACCAGAUAUGUAGAUUCUGUUGGCAUCAUAUUAAGCAGAACCUCAACGGCCGCUGUCCCGCUUGUCGCCGUGAAUAUACCGACGAAACUGUUCAGUUUAAACCUAUUGCGAAAGAAGACCAUAAACGCCUGACCCAGCAGAAGAAACAACGUGAACGUGAGCGCAAAGAACUUGACGCCCUCGGUAGGCGCCAUCUCGCCAAUGUCCGCGUCGUCCAGCGCAACGUUGUAUAUGUCGUUGGUAUCGGUCCUCGAUUUGCAAAGGAAGAGCUCAUCCCCACCCUUCGCUCGAAUGACUACUUUGGGCAAUACGGCAAAAUCUCCAAGAUUUUACUCGUCAAGCGUACAUCCUCAGGGGGUGGUGCACCUAUUGUAGGACUCUACAUUACGUAUCAUCGGCGCGAGGAUGCCGCACGCUGUAUCUCAACCGUUGAUGGCGCCCCAAGUCCAGGAGGAGGUCGAGAGGUCAUGCGUGCUAGCUAUGGGACGACCAAGUAUUGCAUGGCCUUUCUUCGCGGUGUGUCAUGUACUGAUCACACCUGUAUGAAUCUGCACGAAUGGGGAGAUGAGAAAGACUGCUUUACAAAGGAAGAUCUAACAACGUUGAAGCAUACCAUAAAGGACACAGAAAGCAGGGGGACCAAGAAUGGGGAUGGCCUCCCGCGCACUGCAGCAUGGGCCAAACCUGCCAAUCCGACGCCCAGCAGUACGAUAUCCACUGCUACCAUUGCUCAGCGUCCCCGGCGUGGUGGUCAGCGGCAGGCGCGUACACCACGCCCACAGCACGAUCGCAAGGCCGGCUCAGGUGGCGGAGGAAGUACGAAAACACCCUCCGUCGCAUCUUCGUCUCGGCCCCCGACACCCGCUGUCUCUCCGCGUCCCCCAACGCCACCUGAAGUUAAGACUCUCCGGGUCAAGGAACUAGCACCGCUUCCGCCGACGUCGCCCUCACCGUCAAUGGCAAUCGACUCAGAUGAUGUAGGAUCUGGCAGUCAGGAUAUGCCACCAAGUCCGGUGCGCCCGCGCUCCACGGAGAGUGUGGACAGUACACCGGCUGUACCUGCCUCUCUGCCACCAGGUUUACCAGAUGCCCCGCCUGGUCUCCCGCCUCCGACUCGUACAUCUAAGAUAGAGCCUGCUCUUGCGCCAAGUCUCCAAGCACUACAAAUGUCUGGAGGAAGCUAUCAGAUGUCCACCGCUGCACAAGCGCUACUUGACGAUGUCAAAGCGCGGCGCGAGGCGGUACUUUCGAGCACGCAAGUGAGCGUCUUUCCCGAUUUCGAUCGCACGCUGCGUAUGCUCUCGGGGAGCGAGGGUGGGUUCAGCUUCAAUCUGGACCCGAAGCUUGCAGAUGUAGAUGUGAAUGCGGAAGGAGAGGCAGUAUUCAGCGCGCUUGAAGCGGAAGCUCGCGUGCCUUUCGCCGGUGGCUUUAUGGACGCAUUCCCUGCGCUCAAACCACAAGCACAUCCUCACACACAUCAAGUGCCAGCCAUGUACCCUCAUAAUCCCGCCCGCUCCAUAUAUGACCCCCUCGCAAUGCGUGAGAGUUAUCUUGGGUCGUUUAAUCCCUUCGGGGAGACGGAAGGAUCCUCAACUGAUGGUGGUGCGCGUAGCUCGCCGUCGUACCCUGAUGAGGAACGGAAGGUUUCAAGAUUUGGAUUCGCACGGGGGAGGCAAGGCUCAACAGCUGCGAGUUCCCCCGUUCAUGUGUCAUCCCCGUUGAGUGCGAGUGAUAGCCAUCACUCGUUUUUCACGGCUUCGGAGACCCCCGCGAUGACAUCGUCGCAUUGGAGUCAUGGAGGACAUGGAGACUACGCAGGAUAUUCCACCAGUUCUCCGCUUGUGCAGCAAGCGCAGACGGUGCAGUCGCCCCCGCAGCAGCACGCGCAGUCACAGACACAGCCGACACGCUUUCAGCCGUUCGACACGAGUGUGAGCGUGAGUGAAGCCCAGCUCCGUGAGCUGAUUCAGUCGAGCAGGGAGCGUGCUGGCUCGAUGCAGAUGCAUAACGCUACAGCUGAUCAACCUCAGUACCAGUUUGCACCUUUCAGUGACCCAGCAAUCAUGUCAGCACGUUUCGCUUCGCCCGUACUAUCCUCCGCAAGUCUGUCGUGUGCUGGUACACCAGCAAUUGCGACCGCGGCACCAGCUGCUACGGCCACGUAUGGCCCCCCGCCGGGCCUAGCAUACCCAAAUAAGCUUCCGGGACCUUCGCAUCCGGCCAACAUUAUUUCGAUUCUCCUCUUCUGUCCCCUCCUUUUCCCCUCCCUCGAUGGUUUUAGCCUUGUCACUCCUUCGAUUUCGUCCUCACCUUCGCCGGUCCCGGCACUGUCGUCUGCUGACUUUCCCGCCCUGAACGCCGAUGUGCUGCCUCCGCCUGAUGUACGGCCUGGCGAGGCAUCAUCACCCGCCGAGGGCAGCAAAGAACAGGCCAAAGCAGAACGCAAGGCGGCGAAAAAGGCGGCGGCGGCGGAGCGUGCGCUCGAGCGCCAGAAGGCAGCCCAAGAAAAAGCAGCUGCAAAAGCCACUGAGAAGGCCCGGAUUGCGCAAGAGAAGGCUAUGGAGAAGGAGAAGCUGGCGAAGGAGAGAGAAGAGCGAGAGAAGUUGGUACGGGAGAAAGCAGAAGCGGAGAGAGUGGAGAAGGAGAGGCAGGCACGAGAGAAGGCGGCUGAGGAAGAGAUGGAGAGAGCUGUCAUAAAGGAGAAGGAGAGGCAAGCCCUGGCUGAAAAGACUCAAGCCGAAAAGGCAAGGGUAGCUCAGGCCAAGGCUCAAAAAGCUACAAAGUCUGCGUUGGCGGUCAAAGCUAUGAAGUCUGCAGGCUCCUCUGGUCAGGCGCCCGCUACUCCAACUGCUAAGCAGUCCCCCGCUCCAUCUAAGACAUCUGAACCCGUGGAACAAGCCCCCAUACUGUCCAAGAUGCCAAAGAAGAAUAAACCCAUCACUCGUCCAAUCAAGAUCCCAAAGGAAGAUGAGGUUACUCUUGGAGAUGCAUCGGCUGCACCAUCGAUUUCAGUUUCAGAGGCUGUGAAUUUUCCAUCACCUCCCAAGACUACGAAUACAGUCGUCUCUAGCCCAAACAACUCGAGGGCGCAGUCUGUGGAUACAUCAUCUCCUGUGGGACCUACCUCACUUGCUGAUCUACUCGACGACAUUGACGUGAGGAAUCCGAGCAUGGAUCUUCCAAAUCAUCCGUUCUUUGACUUAGUAAAGAUCAAUCCCGCUGCCAAGAUGCCUCUUGAGUACGGUCCCCUGGUGCAUGCGUUGUCUGCCCUUUCUGUGGGCGGCGGGUCAUUCGCUACCAACAUGCCUUCGGGCUCCAUCGAUAAUGCCGUGUCUUCAUUUCAACAGCUGUUGGAGACACUGACACAGACUAUCUCCGACCUCCUGCGCCUGCUUCCUCGGACGACGUGGGACGACAGCUCUUCAUUUGAUGGCGUACUUCGUGACAUGCUCAAGGGUGAUGAUUUCUUAGACGACGGCGGUGAUGAUACAGCUGGCAAGGAAGACGAAGUCGCCGCGUUGACGCUCGCCCUUGAGCGUCGAGCCCGUUGGAUGGAAGUGCAGUUGUCCAAGCUCGAGGAACUUCAUCGUGACAUCAACACAGCUGCGGUACGCGCCGUCCUUGCAUUCAAUGACAGUGGCUGGGAUCGUCACAUUUUUAUGCCUCGGGUUGGCAAUACCCUCCGCCGCUUCGACAAUAUUGGCAUGGUAGAACACAGUGGCAAGAUGAGGCCGAUGACAGUAGACGAGUUGGAGAAGAAGCUGCAGGUGGCCAAGGAAGCUGCCAUAUUUGCGGAGACUGAGUUCCGGGAGGCGAUGGAGAAAAUGCAAGCUGUGAAGCCCGUGGAAGUUGACGACUACUGA